AUGGCGCACUUGGCGGUUUCACAUUUCCUGCCUACGGAUGCCCGGAAAGCAUUUCCCUGCUUCGACGAACCAGAUAUCAAGGCUGAAUUUAAAAUAUCCCUCGGGCGACCCAAUGGUAGCGAAUGGGUAGCUCUCACUAAUACGAAGACCACAGGGACUUUAGAACCGGCAGAGGAUCCAGGUUACGUGUGGGAGUCGUUCGAGACGUCGGCACCGAUGAGCACCUAUUUGGUGGCGUUGUCAGUCUCUCGGUUUCAGUCUAUCGACGCAAACCUCAGUCUGGCGGAAGGAGUGAUACCCUUCAAGACUGGGACGGACAUACUCGUACACAGACAAGGACAAACGUUACACGCGGCAACAAAGAGUAGAGGAAAUGGAAGUCUACAUCGGACACCCAUGACGGCUUUGCCCCACCUUCCCAUGUUUCCUGUCAUAAUCUAUCCCUUUUUCACCGGCCGGGGGAAGGUGGUGGUAACUUCCACCACGCUCCGGCCACAGGCCCUCCAUCGCUGCACAUCGUGCGUCAGGGCAGAUGUGGCGGGUGCUAUUGAGGUGCACGAAGCCCCUAUCUCUCACAAAGUGGAGCAUGGAGUGGCCUAUGCUCCAGCCCAAGGGAGAGCAGGUAGUACCCGAAUGCAGCCGGGUGAACUGUCGCCCCAGGAGAAUACCGCCUGCUGCCCUUUCACGGAAAUCGCUCACUCUUUUCUAAGAGUUUGGGCACGCCAGGAGAUGAUUCCGUAUGCCGAGAAGGCCCUUCAAUACGGUCCGAAGAUCCUCGCCUAUUACGAGGACUAUUUCAACGUCUCUUAUCCGUUGCCCAAAAUGGACUUGAUUGCCCUGCUCGAUUUCCCCUCUGGCGCCAUGGAGAACUGGGGGUUCGUCACAUACAGGGAGGAAUACAUUUUGUACCAAUGGAAUGAGACAUCAGCAGCGAACCUGGCGAGACUAAUAAAUGCAGUCGCACAUGAACUAGCUCACAUGUGGUUUGGUGACCUCGUGACCCUGGUCUGGUGGAAUGACUUCUGGUUAAACAAGGGGUUCGCCUCCUACGUCAUGUACCUCGGCUCCGAACAUGUACUACACCUGGAUUCCUUGGAUAAUUCUCAUCCCAUCUCUGUCGAAGUGAACCACCCCAACCAGAUCACCGAUGUCUUUGACAGUAUCUCGUAUGGGAAAGGGGCAUCGAUCAUUCGAAUGAUGCACCACUUUCUGACCGAGGAUGCAUUUCGGAGUGUACUGAGCGAAUACUUGAAGGCAUUCAAGUAUGGAAACGCGGUCCACGAUGACUUUUGGGAAUACUUGGAACGGUCAUUCGAGAACGCGACUGAAUCAGUGGCCCUCCCGGGAACGGUGAAGGAGAUUAUGGACUCCUGGACACUUUUCGUCGGUUACCCUGUAAUCAACGCCAGGAGAAAAAAUGGAACUGUCACCUUCCAACAGGAACGGUUCCUGUUGAACCCGGAGGCGACGGAGGAGACUCCGACGCUGUGGUACGUCCCCAUCAACCUGAUCGGGUCGAGCCAAUGCUUCUGUGGAUUCCACUCUACAGAAGCUAUGACGUGGUUGACCCGAAGUGGAAGUUCAGUUGCGCUCAAUCUCUCCGCCAGUGAUGAUGAGUGGUACCUGGUUAACUUUAACCAGACUGGUUAUUACCGGGUGAAUUUCGAAAAGGAGAACUGGGAAGGACUUCGGAAUGCUCUCGCAAAUCUCUCUCAUGAAGUGAUUCCUACUCUUAACCGGGCGCAGAUCCUGGACGACGCCCUGAAUCUGGCCCGUGCAGGGAGGCUGGCAUACGCCAUUGCCCUCAACUUGACUGGAUACCUGGGCAAUGAAAGAGCAUACCUGCCGUGGGCCACGACCAUCAGAAAUCUCAACUACAUACGAAGCAUGCUGGAGACGACAGAGAAAUACGAACAUUAUAAGAUCUACAUCCUGAGCCUGCUGAGAGACGUGAUAGUGCCAGAGUUCACGUUCCCGACCAUGGACGAUGUACCAGAAGAUGGAAACUAUUUGGACGUGACAGAGGUCAUGUAUCAGAGUUUCAUUUGGUCCGUAGCUUGUGAGAUGGGGGAACCGUAUUGCCUCAACAUCACCUCUACCCAAUUUCGGGAAUGGCGAGGCCAAUACAACCCUGAUCAACCGGACAUCUCAGUGCUAAACCCGAACAUGAAGGGCUUGGUGUACUGCCAAGGAGUACGGACUGGCGAAGUGGAGGACUGGAAAUUCGUCUACAAGCAUUACCAAAUGACGAACUACGCUUCCGAGAGGACGCUCCUCCUCGAAGCCAUGGCCUGCACUGAGGACAUCUACAUCCUGAGCCUGCUGAGAAACGUGAUAGUGCCAGAGUUCACGUUCCCGACCAUGGACGAUGUACCAGAAGAUGGAAACUAUUUGGACGUGACAGAGGUCAUGUAUCAAAGUUUCAUUUGGUCCGUAGCUUGUGAGAUGGGGGAACCGGAUUGCCUCAACAUCACCUCUACCCAAUUUCGUGAAUGGCGAGGCCAAUACAACCCUGAACAACCGGACAUCUCAGUACUAAACCCGAACAUGAAGGGCUUGGUGUACUGCCAAGGAGUACGGACUGGCGAAGUGGAGGACUGGAAAUUCGUCUACAAGCAUUACCAUAUGACGAACUACGCUUCCGAGAGGACGCUCCUCCUCGAAGCCAUGGCCUGCACUGAGGACGUCGAGAUGCUCAAUGGGUUUGCUUCGUAUUAUUAUUUUGUUUUCUGUGAUGUGAAUGUAUGA